AUGUGUUUUUGUCUAACAGAACACUUACAGUUAAGGUUGUCAGAUGGUGGAAGCACUUGUGCAGGUAGAGUGGAGAUUUACUACAACGGGACAUGGGGCUCAGUUUGUGAUGACUCCUGGGAUAUGGUAGACGCUCAAGUGGUUUGCAGACAACUGGGAUGUGGAGAUGCAUUGGAUAUGACCCUUCCUUCCUACUGUGGACCGGGCUCAGGGCCCGUUUGGUUGAAAGAUGUGAAGUGUUCUGGAAACGAAUCAUUUCUCUGGGAAUGUCCUUCAGCACGAUUCGGUGAACAAGACGACUGUUCUCAUAAAGAGGAUGUGAGAAUUAUCUGCUCAGAGCACAAGGCGAUGAGGCUAGUGAAUGGAAAACAUCGCUGUGAGGGAAGAGUGGAAGUGUUCUACAACGGGACCUGGGGAACAGUGUGCUCAGACAAAAUGAAUUCAGUCAAUGGAAACAUUAUUUGCAAACAUUUGCACUGUGGCGCAUUCCAGUAUAUUGAAGAUGACAUUAACUCAUUCGGAGCUGGAACAGGACAGAUUUGGCUUGAUGAAAUAGAGUGUCAAUCGCAUGAGUCGAAACUCUGGCAAUGUCAGUCAGAUUUGUGGGGUCAACACAACUGUAACCACAAGGAAGAUGCAGGUGUUGUUUGUUCAGAGAUCGAUGAAAGGAUGGAACAGCCUCUAAGUUCCAAUUCCUGCAUUCAGAACUCAGAUUCACAACAUACCUUGCGCCUUGUUGGAGGAAACAGCAACUGUUCUGGAAGAGUGGAAAUCAUGUGCAAUGAACACUGGGGAACAUUGUGUGGUGAUUCCUGGGAUAUGACUGAUGCCAAUGUUGUCUGCAGUCAGCAGUCAUGCGGUUUUGCUGUAUCAGCUCAACGAGUGCCCGCUGUCUCCCAGGGAAUUUAUGAAGAAAUUGAGAAUAUCCCCGUUAGUACGACGGCAGUUCAGAAACAAGGCACAGGUAUGGAUUUCCUCGUUCGUAGUGAGUCGUUGUUGGAGAAAUGUGGCUUCCAUUCAAGUUCAAUCAUCAGUGAACUGAUUGAAUAUGUUUAUAUGUUAAAUCACUUUCCUCGUGUGAAGGAAGAUAUCACAUUGAAUGAAUCUCAGUCGGUGUUUGGAGAGAGAAAUUCUGCUUCCAUUGACUCACUCAAUCGCAUUGACUACUACACCAACCACAACGUGAGUGAGAAUAAUCCAGAAUCACCAAAUCCUGAGGUGAAAUCCAACAGUAUUCCAGGUCCGAUUUGUAGAGAUUAUGAUGAUAUUAUGACUGAAGAAGAUGAAUCUCAGGCUGGCCAUUCACAACUGGACAGUGAUCCUGAUGAAAACCUCACAUUGACAAAUGCUGACAUUGGACUUCAUUCAGUCGCGUUAUUGUCUGCAAUGAGAACAAACCCAAGUGCAUCAGUCUUUCCUCAUAGGACCUUCGCUUUAGACCAGUCAUCAGGAGGGUUCAAUUUAACGCUUCGCAGAGAAAAGUCAGGAAGUGGUAAGCCUCCCUUAAGACUUGAUGGUAGCCAGUCUAAGCUUUACUGUGUCCCUCAGCAUAUAGACAUUGUCUUUGGACUAUGCCAGUCUGAAAUGCGAAGUCGAGGUCAACUUCUUGCUUUGGAAGACCAACAGUUUUCAGACAGACCAAACAGCAUCUUUGACCAAACUGGUAGUCCUCCAGCUGUGGACAAUCUUUUUGUCCCUCGGUGCUCUGGAGAACAGACGGGGCAACACAGAAUCCUGUAUCACGGAGCUGCUUGA